UCUUGGGCUAGAAUAUCUAUGGGUCGAAACGUGAUGCGAUGAAUCCGAGAGAGACCGAAACUGGGACGAGGAGUGCGGCGGAAGCAGCGGGACUCCCGGGCAUGGGGGCUUCACCACAAUAGAGGCAGCAUCCUCACCCACCCCCGCCUACCCCUCCGGAGCGAAAGCCCCCAAAUCCCCUCGGGAAAAGGAUGGCGGCGGCACCUACUCAGAUCGAAGCCGAGCUGUAUUACCUGAUUGCUAGGUUCUUGCAGUCCGGACCCUGCAACAAAUCCGCUCAGGUGCUAGUGCAGGAGCUCGAGGAGCAUCAGCUGAUUCCGCGCCGCUUAGACUGGGAGGGGAAAGAGCACCGUAGAAGCUUCGAGGAUCUGGUGGCAGCCAAUGCACACAUUCCUCCAGACUACCUCCUUAAAAUAUGUGAGCGAAUUGGUCCCUUGCUAGACAAGGAGAUCCCUCAGAGUGUUCCUGGGGUACAGACAUUGCUAGGUGUUGGUCGGCAGUCUCUGUUACGGGAUGCCAAAGACUGUAAGAGUACACUAUGGAAAGGAUCUGCUUUUGCAGCUCUACAUAGAGGCAGACCUCCAGAACUACCUGUAAAUUAUGUGAAACCUCCAAAUGUGGUGAAUAUCACCUCUGCCAGGCAGUUAACCGGAUGUAGUCGCUUCAGCCAUAUUUUCCCUUCAUCUGCCUACCAGCAUAUUAAGAUGCACAAGAGAAUUCUGGGGCACUUAUCUUCUGUCUACUGUGUAGCAUUUGACCGGAGUGGGAGAAGAAUUUUUACAGGUUCAGAUGACUGCUUGGUAAAAAUUUGGGCUACAGAUGAUGGGCGCCUUCUUGCUACACUUCGAGGACACUCUGCUGAAAUUUCUGACAUGGCUGUCAACUAUGAAAAUACACUCAUUGCCGCAGGCAGCUGUGAUAAGGUUGUAAGAGUAUGGUGUCUUCGAACUUGUGCACCAGUUGCAGUCCUUCAGGGACACUCAGCUUCUAUUACUUCCAUACAGUUUUGUCCAUCAACUAAAGGCACAACCAGAUACCUCACUUCUACUGGUGCUGAUGGAACAAUCUGUUUCUGGCAAUGGCAUGUAAAAACCAUGAAAUUUAAAGAUCGCCCAGUAAAAUUUACUGAGAGAUCCAGACCCGGUGUUCAGAUAUCUUGUUCUUCCUUCAGUUCUGGUGGUAUGUUCAUUACGACAGGUAGCACUGACCAUGUGAUUAGAAUAUAUUAUUUGGGUUCUGAGAUCCCUGAGAAAAUUGCUGAAUUAGAAUCUCAUACGGACAAAGUUGUUGCUGUUCAGUUCUGUAACAAUGGAGACAGCUUAAGAUUUGUUAGUGGAAGCAGAGAUGGAACUGCAAGAAUAUGGCAGUAUCAGCAACAAGAAUGGAAGAGUAUAGUGCUAGAUAUGGCCACUAAAAUGAACGGGAAUAAUUUGCCAUCUGUAGAAGACAAAGUCACUAAAUUAAAGGUGACUAUGGUUGCCUGGGACCGUUAUGAUACCACAGUCAUUACCGCAGUGAACAAUUUCCUUUUGAAAGUGUGGAAUUCUGUCACAGGGCAGCUUCUUCAUACUUUAUCUGGGCAUGAUGAUGAAGUAUUUGUUUUGGAAGCACACCCAUUUGAUCAAAGGAUCAUACUUUCUGCGGGUCAUGAUGGGAACAUUUUCAUUUGGGAUCUUGACCGUGGGACCAAAAUUCGGAAUUAUUUUAAUAUGAUUGAAGGCCAAGGUCAUGGUGCAGUGUUUGAUUGUAAAUUCUCGCCAGAUGGAAACCAUUUUGCCUGCACAGAUUCUCAUGGACAUUUGCUGCUUUUUGGUUUUGGAUGUAGUAAAUACUACGAGAAGAUUCCAGAUCAGAUGUUCUUCCACACGGAUUAUCGACCUCUCAUCCGUGAUUCUAAUAACUAUGUAUUAGAUGAACAAACUCAACAAGCCCCUCACCUUAUGCCUCCUCCUUUCUUGGUGGAUGUUGAUGGAAAUCCUCAUCCUACAAAAUUUCAACGGCUAGUACCAGGACGGGAAAAUUGCAAAGAUGAACAGCUUAUACCACAGCUGGGUUAUGUGGCUAAUGGUGAUGGUGAGGUGGUAGAACAGGUAAUUGGACAGCAAACCAAUGACCAAGAUGAAAGCAUCCUUGAUGGGAUCAUCAGAGAGCUGCAGAGAGAACAAGAUCUAAGACUAAUUAACGAAGGAGAUGUUCCACAUUUUCCAAUUAAUAGAUCCUAUUCUGUUAAUGGUGCUUUGAGAAGUCCAAAUAUGGAUAUACCUUCUUCCCCAAAUAUUGGACUUCGACGUAGUGGUCAAAUUGAAGGUGUGCGACAAAUGCACAACAAUGCUCCUAGGAGCCAAAUGGCCACUGAACGUGAUCUGAUGGCGUGGAGCAGAAGGGUGGUGGUAAAUGAACUUAAUAAUGGGGUUAGUAGGGUACAGGAAGAAUGUCGAACUGCAAAAGGUGACAUAGAAAUUGGACUUUAUACAGUAGAAAAGAAGAAAAAGCCAUCUUAUACUAUCCAAAGAAAUGAUUAUCAGCCUAGUUAUGGGCGAUCUUUACGAAGGACACAACGCAAGCGUCAGCAUACUUAUCAAACACGGUCUAACAUGGAGCACAAUUCACAAGCAUCAUGCCAAAAUUCAGGUGCACAAGAAGUGUCAGACAGCUCCUCAGAGGAAGAUGAAACUGUUGGUACCAGUGAUGCUUCUAUAGAGGAUCCUGUUAUGGAGUGGCAAAGUGAAAGUUCUUCCAGUGAUUCAUCAAGUGAAUAUUCUGAUUGGACAGCAGAUGCUGGAAUAAAUUUGCAGCCACCAAAAAGACAAACCAGACAGGCAACACGCAAAAUAUGCAGCAGUUCAGAGGAGGAAAAUGUGAAAAUAGAAGAAAAGCAAAAGAAAACUAAACAAACCAGAAAGAAGAAAGGAGGUUUAGUUUCUAUGGCAGGUGAACCAAAUGAAGAAUGGUUUGCCCCACAAUGGAUCUUGGAUACCAUACCACGUCGUUCCCCAUUUGUUCCACAGAUGGGCGAUGAGCUUAUUUAUUUUAGGCAAGGACAUGAAGCUUAUGUGAGGGCUGUAAGGAAAGCAAAAAUAUACAGUGUUAACUUACAAAAGCAGCCAUGGAACAAAAUGGAUCUUAGGGAGCAAGAAUUUGUUAAGAUUGUAGGUAUAAAAUAUGAGGUUGGACCACCUACAUUAUGCUGUUUGAAGCUUGCAUUUCUGGACCCCAUUUCUGGCAAAAUGACUGGAGAGUCUUUUUCCAUUAAAUAUCAUGAUAUGCCGGAUGUCAUUGAUUUCCUUGUACUACAUCAGUUUUAUAAUGAAGCCAAAGAAAGAAACUGGCAGAUUGGUGAUAGAUUCCGAAGUAUAAUAGAUGAUGCCUGGUGGUUUGGAACUGUGGAGAGUCAGCAGCCUUUUCAACCAGAAUACCCUGAUAGUUCUUUCCAGUGUUACAGUGUUCACUGGGACAAUAAUGAGAGAGAAAAGAUGAGCCCCUGGGAUAUGGAACCAAUUCCAGAAGGAACUGCCUUUCCAGAUGAAGUAGGUGCUGGUGUUCCUGUGUCCCCAGAAGAACUAACUGCUUUGCUAUACAAACCCCAAGAAGGAGAGUGGGGGGCUCAUUCCAGAGAUGAGGAGUGUGAACGGGUUAUUCAGGGGAUCAAUCAUCUUCUCUCUCUGGAUUUUGCCAGCCCUUUUGCUGUUCCAGUGGAUCUCAGUGCCUACCCCUUGUAUUGUACUGUAGUUGCAUAUCCAACUGACCUCAAUACCAUCAGACGGAGACUUGAAAAUCGCUUUUACAGGAGAAUAUCAGCAUUAAUGUGGGAGGUGCGCUAUAUCGAGCAUAAUGCUCGGACUUUCAAUGAGCCAGAUAGUCCUAUAGUUAAAGCAGCCAAAAUUGUAACAGAUGUCUUACUUCGAUUUAUUGGGGAUCAGAGCUGCACUGAUAUAUUGGAUACUUAUAAUAAAGUUAAAGCUGAAGAACUAAACAGUACUGAUGGAGAAGAGGAUAUAGAAAUGGUUGAUUUAGAUUCAGAUGGUCCUGGCACUUCAUCUGGACGAAGGGUCAAAUGCCGAGGUAGAAGACAAUCUUUAAAGUUAAAUCCUGAUGCUUGGAGAAAACAAUGCAAAGAACUGUUGAGCCUCAUUUAUGAACGUGAAGAUUCAGAGCCAUUUCGACAGCCAGCUGAUUCUCUUCUUCACCCAGGCCAUCAAGAACAAGAAGGAGAAUCCUCAGACUCGGUUGUUACAGAAAGACAAGACCCUUCUCUUUCUGAGGAUAAUCAAGAUGGUAUAGACUCGCCUAUGGACUUCAGCACUGUGAAAGAAACUUUGGAAGCAGGAAACUAUGGUAGUCCUCUGGAAUUUUAUGAGGAUGUUCACCAAAUAUUUAGCAACUCCAAAGCUUAUACCUCCAAUAAAAAGUCAAGGAUCUAUGGCAUGACUCUUCGAUUAUCUGCCUUAUUUGAAAACCAUAUUAAAAAUAUCAUCUCUGAAUAUAAGUCAGCAAUGCAGAGUCAGAAGAGGAGAAGGCCUCGGUACAGAAAACGUCUGAGAAGCAGCAGCAGUUCUUUGUCGAGUAGCAGAGCUCCUAGUCCAAAAGGGAAACAGAAGCAAAUGAAGUUGCAGCCUAAAACUGACCAGAAUACCUCAGUGUCUUAUGCCAGAACUAGUUCUCCUUUCUCAUCUCCUGUUUCAGAUACUGCUGAAGGACUUUCACUAUAUCUAAUUGAUGAUGAACUGGAUGGGCCAUUUUCUUCACCAAGUGGAUAUGGCCGAAGUGGAAAUAGCCAUGACCCAGGGAAAGCCAAAUCAUUUCGGAAUAGAAUUGCACCAGUUAAACAAGAUCACUCCAGUGACGGACCUCUUACAAAUAGUGAUGGCAGAGAAGCCUGGCCAGGAGUGAAGAGAAAACUACUUAGUGCAUCAGAAGAAGAUGAAAGCAUGGGAGGAGAAGACAAAUCAAAAGAAACAAAAGAGAAAUCCCAUCUAUCCUCCUCAGAGAGCGGAGAGUUAGGAUCCAGUUCAGAAAGUACCUGUGGUUCUGAUUCGGACUCUGAAUCCACUUCCAGAACAGACCAAGAUUAUGUAGACGGAGACCAUGACUAUAGCAAAUUCAUACAAACUAGACCUAAAAGAAAACUCAGAAAACAGUAUACCAAUGGAAAAAGAAACUGGAAAAUGAGAGGCACAGGAGGAAGAGGUAGAUGGGGCAGAUGGGGUAGAUGGAGUAGAGGAGGCCGAGGGCGAGGAGGCAGAGGGCGAGGUGGUCGAGGAAGAGGGAGUAGUAACAGUACUAGGGGAAGAGGGAGAGGGAGAGGGGGAAGAGGGUCCUCUAGAGGAGGAGGAGCCACCAGAGCCAAACGAGCACGAAUCGCAGAUGAUGAAUUUGAUACCAUGUUUUCAGGACGUUUCAGUAGACUGCCUCGAAUUAAAACAAGAAACCAAGGCAGGAGGACUGUUUUAUACAAUGAUGAUUCUGAUAACGAUAAUUUUGUGUCCACUGAAGAUCCUCUGAAUCUUGGUACAUCCAGGUCAGGCAGAGUACGAAAAAUGACAGAAAAAGCCAGGGUUAGCCAUCUCAUGGGAUGGAAUUACUAACAAUAAAUGUAGAAUAAUUUUGAAAAAAAAUUCAAUGGCCUUCUACUGCAGGGAAUUACCAGGAAAUCUUCAAAGCAAGUUGUGUGGGGACUUCUGCUUCCUUUCACAUUGGUGCUUUUUCCAUUAUGCCAGUAUAUAUUUGUUUCAAGACUUUUGAUCUCCACACUUCAUUUGUCCAAACAAGCCUUACUCAUUGGGCCUUAAAUUUAAAAAAAAAUCUGCCCACAUACACACACCACAUAUACACACCAAAACACAUACAAACACACAUACACAAAACACACACACAAGACACACUACAGAUUUACUAUAUUAAAGGAGCAUUCCGCUUCUUAAGAGUAGCAUGACAUUUUUAUUGCAAUGGAAUAUCCCUCUUUUGCUUUUGUAUCACAGACGUAUAGCACCUUCUUACAGAGUUUUAUAUAGUUUGUUUUUGCCAUUUUGAUUCCUAUACCCAGUAAUAAUAACUUUUGCACAAUACACCAAUCCUAAAGGCAGCUAUUAAAUGUUUACAGUUUCUAUAUUGUAAGAAUGAUCUGGAUUAUUUUACGCUUCCCAGGCCAAACUUUCACGAACUGUACUGAACUGAAGUAUAUAUUUAUACUGCAGUUUUUUUUGGGGGGGGGUUGGGGGGAAUCUUGAUAUGCUUUUCAUUGAUUUGAUUAAUUCACGUUAAAGGUGAGAAAGGGUUGGUGCCUUGUAAAUAUGUAGCAAAUCAUUGUGGUGUGUCCUGAUGUGUGCAUUAACUUUAUUAAAAGAGAAUACUUGAGGUAUCAAUCUAGACAAGGUGCCAAAUGCAAAAGUUUCUUGCAUCCAUUUUCUUUUUUCUGUUAUAUUUUAUUGCAUUAGUAGAACUGUGUAGCUUAAAGAAUAACUUAAACAUUUUUGAAAAAAAAUCCUCAUCCACAAAGAAUAACUGAAUAGUAGCUAAGCUACCUCUAUUUAACUACAACUACUGGAAAAUAGAUGCUGUUACUCAUGACUAAGGAGAAAUAGAACAAGCUUGGUAGGAGUGAAUACUCUUUUAAGUUAUAAGCUGAAAGGUUGUUAAUAAUCAUAUUGGCUCUCAAUAGCUUUAUUUCCUAAGUAUCGUAUGCUCUACCAUAGGCUUUCUUAGAACAUAUUUGUGUGAGUAGACUUGGGCUACUGCUUAUAUUUCGGCUACCACUUAGUUUUCUUUAACCAGCUGUGAGUUACUACUAUUUAUUUGAAUCUUAAAAUGUAACAAAACACCUAAUUUGAGUUGGAAUGCUUUGGCUAGCUAAUAUUUUGAAUCAACAUUAAUAGGUUCUGCUUUUACCAUUCCAAAUGGUUUUUCUGUUUUAGUCUUUCCUCAAAGGACCUCAUUGCACUGCUCACAGAUACUUUGAAUCAUUAUUGAUAAAUCCUUAAAACCUUCACGUUCUUGUUUACAGCAGUGGAGUGCACAUGAUUCCAUAAGUAAGCUUGAGCUCCAAAUUGAUUUUUACCCUUCAAAUUUGAGAUUUCAGAUUUGCUAGUUUGAUAGAUGCUUAAAAUUUUUGAAGUGAGAAGGGUGAUAGUGAUCUCUCUUUUUGACAUCACAUGUGUUACACUUAGAUCAGACUUGUAUAAAACAGACUUCUUAAUGUAAACCUAAUUAUCCCAGGAUAUUUAUUGAGCUCGUGUUUGUCUCAUGCUUUCAGUCAUUUCAUGCAACUGAAAAUCCUUAGUACAGAGGAAGGAGUACACACAUAACUUUGCAUUUGGGGUUGGGUUGGGGGGGGGGUACUCUUGGACUAACAUCUUUAAGCAAUUUUCACUUGCAGUAGAAAUGAUGUUCAGGCUUUAAGAAAGUAUUGUGAAUUGUUAAUGGCACUAACUGCUGUUACUAGAUAGUAGAUCAAGCUGAUAUUUUUUGUGGUCUUUUUCCCCUAAACCAAAACUGUUUCUGGUUAUGACUCAGCUGCCAUUUCUGUCCCUAAGUAUAGGUUUAGAGCAUUCUUAUUUGAAAUUCUACAUUUGAUUUUUGUGAAGUAUACUAUUUCAUUUAUUCAUCUUGGGCAUUUAGGUUAAAUUGUGCCUAUAUUUUCCUGGAACCAAUACCUCUUUGGCCUAUCCUAAUCAAAGUGUCAUAGUUGCUUAAAUUUCCUGAAUAUACCCAAAUGUGUACCAUGUAUAUCAUUGUAGUGUGGAAUUUUUUUGUUGCCAUUCUUCUAUGAAGAGAUGACCUCUUGAAAUAUAGAAGAAUUGCCAUCUAUGUGAUUUUUAGCUAUCUGGAGCUUUAUUUAUAAUUUAUUUUGAAAAAUAAAAAUGCCACAUCUAUUCCAAAAUGUCAAGAUUUCCUAGGUUUAGGUAAUUAGAAUAUUAAGGCUGAAGACAUUUUUAAGCAUAUUUUAUAUGUAGUGAAAUACUGUGAAAAUAUUAGUAAACAGCAUUUUGCUGUAAUGUUGAUUUCAGUUCUUAGGAUUUAAAGAGUUAGUCACCAGGGUAUGUUAGAUGAGCAUAGUAAUCAUUUAUUAUUAAAAAAGGUAAUUUUCUGUUUGCCUGCAAAUUAUUUUAGUAAGUGUGACAAUAAAUCUGGGAGAUAGUAUUUUGUUUUAUUUGGAUGUCCCACCCCAAUUUAUACAUUGCUUUUUUUUUUAGUAAUACUGCCUUCUGUGAAUGUGUAUCACAUUGAACACUUUAUCAUUUUACCUUUUUAGAGGCCCCUUAAACCUAAGUAAGAUCUGGGUUCAACAAUAGCAAAGCAAUUAGGAAAUAAGCUAAGAAUUCUAAGAAAAACCACUGUUACAUUAGACCCAUGAGAGCAUACACAUAUAUAAGCCUAAUUCUAUGCUAGAUAUGAAGUAAGCUGUAAUAUUUAUCACGAAUGCUAAUAAUGUUUAAAUUCCUAUCUUUAAGACCUUAGCAUGUGUAUAUAUUUAUAAAAACUGAAUCAUGUCUUCUAUGGCUUUGCUGUAUGUAUCUCAUCCAGCAGUAGGAUGCUCUCCCAAACAGUCAGUAACCUACUAGCCUAAUGACUACAUUUGUUUUUGUACAUGUAUGUGUGUAGUUGUAUGUAUGUAGCUUUUAUUUCCAAUUUGACAUACCUUAUCUCAGACAUUAAAAAAGAGAAUAUUUUAUAUGGAG